AUGAUGCCCAGCAGGCCGAAAAAUAACACCAAAGGGCGGAUGAGCUCACCAAAAGCCAACGGCCAUCCAUACCUGCUGAGGAGUUGGGCACCACCAGCUGGUGAAGUUAAAGAGCUAGAACACGUAAUACAACGUUACAUAUGGAAUGUUAUCGGCCUUGCAGAAACCCGAUAUACAGGCUGUGUCGAGUUUAUUACAGGCGAAGGACAUAAGAUUUGGUUCAGUGGUGAAAAAGACGAACAUGAAAAAUGCGUUGGGUUUGUAGUUAACAAGAACACGAUAAGGUCAAGUCUAGAAUGCACGCCUGUCUCGUCAAGAAUUAUAACAAUUCGUCUCAAAGCACAAGCGAUCAGUCUCACUAUCAUGCAAAUUUAUGCUCCAAUAAGUGAUAGUGAGGAUAAUGACGUGGAGCUGUUUUAUCAAGAGUUAGAUGAAGUUAUCCGUAAAAUCAACAAAAAGGGUGUUCUCAUUAUCCAAGGUGACUGGAACGCGAAAAUUGGUGCAGAUGCUUACGAAAAUUUUGGACUUAAAGCACGAACGAUGGGGAACUCGUCUGCUCGAAUUGCCAAACAACAUAAACUCGUCGUUUCUAAUACAUCAUUUCGACACAAAAAAUCACGAACUGCAACAUGGCACUCUCCAGGAGGAAUUAGUCACAGCCAGAUUGAUUUUAUAAAAAUACAAAAGCGUUAUCAGUUAAGUAUAAACGAUGCAAAAACACGAGCAUUUUUCGGGAGCGGACAUCAACAGCGACCAUGA